AGAAGAAAUAAAUGUCAUAAGGGUCAAAAGUUUGAACACAACUUGAUAAUAGUGCUCUCUCAAUAGCAACUUCCAAAGAAAAUAAACGAGUGCUACAUCUUUCGUUUACAAGCCAAUCCAUGUUAUAUUUGGGAGGAAGAUCGUAGAUAAACAAUUUGAUUGUUGCGGACAAAAUAAAAAUGCAUUUUCACAUACUCGUUUUCAUUCUCUUCACUUUCAUUUUCACAUAUCUUUUAUUCAAACUUUUCUUACAUCCAAAAGAAAAAAGCAUAAACAAUAAAAAGGCACCAGGUCCAGCAAAACUUCCAAUAAUAGGAAAUCUCCACUUAUUAGGCACUCUUCCCCAUCGAUCUCUUCAUUCACUCUCCAUCAAAUAUGGUCCCAUCAUGUCCUUACAAUUGGGCCAAGUCCCAACUAUUAUCGUUUCAUCUUCAAAAGCAGCAGAAUUAUUCCUCAAAACUCAUGAUAUUGUUUUUGCAAGUCGACCAAAGAUUCAAGCAUCUAAGCUCAUCUCUUACGAUUCCAAAGGGUUGGCUUUUUCUGAGUAUGGUCCUUAUUGGCGUAGUGUGAGGAAAUUGUGCACUUUGAAACUUCUCAGUCCUUCCAAAGUUGAGAUGUUUGGUCCUAUUAGAAAGGAAGAGUUGGGUGUUUUGGUUAAGUCAUUGGAGAAAGCUUCUAUGGUGGGUGAAGUUGUGAAUGUUAGUGAGGUUGUAGGGAACCUUAUUGAGGAAAUUAUGUGUAAAAUAAUAUUGGGUCGAAGUAAGUAUGAGCAAUUUGACUUGAAGAAGUUGAUUCAAGAAGCAUUGGCUUUGAUCGGAUCUUUUAAUAUGGCUGAUUAUGUUCCUUGGUUAGGUGCAUUUGAUCUUCAGGGAUUAACACGAGCUUGUAAAAGAGUGAGUAAAUCACUUGAUGAAGUUCUGGAGGUGAUAAUAACAGAGCAUGAACAAGCUACUAAAAUAGACAAAACUCAUCGUGAAGACUUUGUAAACAUACUUCUCUCAAUAAUGCACCAACCCAUAGAAUUCGAAAAUGAACACAAUCUUAUUAUUGAUCGAACUAACAUCAAAGCUAUUUUACUAGACAUGAUUGUGGCAGGAAUUGAUACUUCUUCUACCGUGAUUGAGUGGGCUUUAUCUGAACUUAUAAGACAUCCAAGAGUGAUGAAAAACCUUCAAGAUGAGAUAACAAAUGAAGUAGGAAAUAAGAGAAUGGUUGAAGAGAAUGAUUUAAAUAAGUUGAAUUACUUAGAUAUGGUUGUUAAUGAAACCUUAAGGCUUUAUCCUGUUGGACCCUUACUAAUUCCUCGUGAGUGUAGAGAGAGCAGAACAAUUGAUGGUUAUUUUAUUAAGAAAAAGACACGAGUAAUGAUAAAUGCAUGGGCUAUUGGGAGAGAUCUUAAUGUUUGGUCAGAAAAUGCUGAUGAAUUUUAUCCAGAGAGAUUUAUUGACAAGAAAAUGAACUAUCAAGGACAAGAGUUUGAUUCUAUACCAUUUGGUUCUGGUCGUAGGCGUUGUCCUGGGAUUCAAUUGGGUUUGGUUACUGUUAAAUUGGUUAUAGCUCAAUUGGUGCAUUGCUUUAAUUGGAAACUUCCAUAUAAUAUGAGUCCUUCCAAUUUGAAUAUGGAGGAGAAAUUUGGACUCACUAUGCCAAGAGCUCAACACUUGUAUGCAAUACCUAGUUAUCGCUUGGCAGGAGAUGCCAAACAUGAAUAAAUCCAUAAAGGACAAUCAAUGUUUGGAUUCAAGAAGUUUAUUACCAAUAAAGAUGUUCUGUUAAUGAUGUUUGUAUAAAAUAAGUUAAUGAAUAUUGCUAGUAGUUUAUAAAUUUAUGUAGCCAAUAUUUGAGUGUCUUUGUGGUAAACAACUUAUUCAGUUAAAUGUUAUUUGAAUAAGAGCUUAUCACAUAACAACCUAUGUUUAAGUAGAGACUAUCAUGUAUAAUGAAUUUAGAUGUUCUGCAUGUAGUAGUGAGUGAGUGCCAUACCUAAAUUUCUUACUUCA